ACACACCACAUACACACUCUACAACCAUGGUUAAAGCUACUGUCAUUGGUGCCGCUGGUGGUAUCGGCCAGCCGCUCUCGCUCCUCCUGAAGCAGAACACCCUCAUCACCGACCUGGCGCUCUACGAUGUCGUCAACUCCCCCGGUGUCGCCGCUGAUAUCUCCCACAUCAACACCCCCUCGGUUGUCAAGGGAUACCUGCCACCCGAUGGAGGUCUGGAGAAGGCUCUCAAGGGAGCUGACAUCGUCGUCAUCCCCGCUGGUGUGCCCCGAAAGCCUGGAAUGACUCGUGAUGACCUGUUCAACAUCAACGCCUCGAUCGUCCGAGACAUUGCCGUCGGCAUUGCAGCUCACGCCCCCAAGGCUUUCGUCCUGGUCAUCUCCAACCCCGUCAACUCGACUGUCCCCAUCUGCGCCGAGGUGCUGAAGAAGAAGGGCGUCUACGACCCCAAGAGGCUGUUCGGUGUCACCACUCUCGAUGUCGUGCGAGCUUCCACCUUCGUUGCCGAGGCAGCUGGUCAACCCACUGACUCUCUCAAGUUCAAGAUCCCUGUCAUCGGAGGCCACUCUGGUGUCACCAUUGUGCCACUGCUCUCGCAGACCUCGCCAUCCGUGUCGCUGGACCAGUCUACCGUUGAGUCCCUGACCAACCGAAUUCAGUUCGGAGGAGACGAGGUCGUCAAGGCCAAGGACGGAGCCGGCUCUGCCACUCUCUCCAUGGCUUUCGCUGGUGCCCGAUUCGCUUCGGCUGUGCUGGAGGCAGCCAGUGGCAAGGGCAGCUCUCAGCCCGAGUACGCCUACGUUGACCUCACGUCCGAGUCAGGAGGCAAGGAGGUUGCCUCUGCCAUUGGCGCUUCGCCCGCCUACUUCUCGGUCCCCGUCACCCUCGGCCCCAACGGUGUGGAGAAGAUUCACGGUCUGGGCAAGGUCAACGACUACGAGCAGGGCCUGAUCAAGAAGGCCGUUGAGGACCUGGACGGUAACAUCAGCAAGGGUGUCUCUUUCGUUGAGUCCUCCAAGCUCUAGAUUGCAUGUCAGAUGAACAAGAGAUAGGAUGGUCGUUCGGAAUGGGUCAAAUGGACGCACUGGAGAGGAUGGCUUCAACGCUCGAUUGAUCGAGAGUGGAAGCUUCUGUAUCGCUGUGGUCACGUUGUGUGCGAUAGCAAUGGAUAAACAAUAAUAUCAC